AUGAGUGCACCGUUCCCCCUGCGGUCGGCUCUGGGAUCGUGUCGAGCGGUCCUCGGUACCUUCCCAGGCAGGUCCUACAUCUCACUCAAGCAGUCGUUUGUCCGCCUUCACUCCUCCCGACCCUCGUACCAGCACCAUGAGUCAGUCUGGCAAUACCAUACACAGAGCCCUCGGGCGUACGCGACCAGUACCUCUCCGCCGUCUACAGUUCCUGUCAUCCCGUACACCUCUUUGACGAUCGGAGUGCCUCGUGAGAUUUUCCCGAACGAACGCCGGGUUGCGCUUACACCUCAGAAUGUUGCCUUGCUGCUUAAGAAAGGCGUCUCGCGUGUGUUGGUAGAACGCGGAGCUGGUGAAGGCGCCCAGCUGCACGACCAAGCGUAUGAGCAAGCCGGCGCUACUUUAGUCGACCAAGCUACUAUAUGGUCUCAGAGUAACAUUGUCUUGAAAGUCCGUGGCCCUCAGCAGGAUGGUACCUUCAACGAAAUCGAGGCCUUGAACAAAGGCAGUACAGUCAUUUCGUUUCUCUACCCAGCCCAGAACAAGGAGCUGGUGGAUAAGAUUGCCUCACGCGGCGCGACUAGCUUCGCAAUGGACAUGGUUCCGCGCAUCUCACGCGCCCAAGUUUUUGACGCUCUAAGUUCGAUGGCCAAUAUUGCUGGUUACAAGGCUGUUCUGGAAGCCUCAAACCACUUCGGUCGUUUCUUAACCGGUCAGGCCACCGCGGCUGGAAAGAUCCCCCCCGGCAAGGUUCUAGUGAUCGGCGCUGGUGUCGCCGGUUUGAGUGCCAUAGGAUCCGCCCGCCGCAUGGGCGCAAUUGUUCGCGGUUUCGAUACUAGACCUGAUGUUCGAGAACAGGUUCAGUCACUUGGUGCGGAAUUCAUCGAAGUGGACAUCCAGGAAGAUGGCGCUGGCCAAGGUGGUUACGCGAAGCAAAUGUCACCAGAAUUCAUCGAGGCAGAGAUGAAACUUUUCAUGGCACAAGCCCGCGAGGUGGACAUCAUUAUCACUACUGCUUUGAUUCCAGGGAAGCCGGCUCCGAAGCUGGUCACCAAAGAGAUGCUCGCGGCUAUGAAACCCGGGUCUGUCAUUGUUGAUCUAGCUGCUGAGGCUGGCGGGAACUGCGAGGCAACUGUUCCUGGAAAAUUGACUACCUACAAUGAUGUUACUGUUAUUGGUUACACCGAUUUCCCGUCUCGCCUACCAGCCCAAUCGUCCUCGUUGUACUCUAACAACAUCACUAAGUACCUCCUUUCUAUGGCUCCCCAGGAAAAGUCCUUCGGUGUUGAUUUGACGGACGAGGUGGUUCGAGGAUCUAUUGUGACUCACAAUGGUGAAAUCCUCCCUCCCGUACCUCGUGCUGCACCACCGUCUCCGAAAAAAGAAGCAGCAGCAACCCCGUUGGCGGCAAAGGCAGAGCUGGCUUUGACACCAUGGCAAAAGGCCACCCGUGAGGUCACAGCUACCACCGCUGGGAUGGGAACUGCUCUCGCACUGGGCAAAGCAACUGGACCGAUCUUUAUGGGCAACAUGCUGACAGCUGGCCUGGCCGGGCUUGUCGGUUAUCGUGCUGUUUGGGGUGUUGCGCCUGCUCUUCACUCCCCCUUGAUGAGUGUCACCAAUGCGAUUUCGGGUAUGGUUGGUGUUGGCGGAUUCUUCAUCAUGGGCGGCGGCUACCUUCCCACAACCGUUCCGGAAUUUCUGGGAUCCGUGUCUGUUCUUCUCGCAUUCAUGAAUGUUUCUGGCGGUUUCGUCAUCACGAAGCGCAUGCUCGAUAUGUUCAAGCGUCCUACUGAUCCACCUGAGUACCCCUGGUUGUAUGCUAUCCCGGCUGCUAUCUUUGGCGGUGGCUUUCUGGCUGCCGCAGGGACUGGUAUGGCUGGACUCGUUCAGGCGGGAUAUCUAGUCAGCAGUGUCCUGUGUAUCAGCUCUAUUUCUGGCCUUGCUUCCCAGCAGACCGCGCGCCGUGGAAAUAUCUUCGGUAUACUCGGUGUCGCUGCCGGUAUUCUCGCGUCGCUAGCAGCUGUCGGAUUUUCUCCUGAAGUAUUAACUCAGUUCGCCGGUGUUGCCAGUGCAGGUGCUGUUGUUGGGGCGUUGAUUGGACGUCGUAUUACUCCAACUGGACUUCCACAGACUGUUGCCGCUUUACACUCCGUUGUUGGCCUCGCAGCCGUACUCACAAGCGCUGGGAGUGUGAUGGCCGACAUAAACGAUAUUUCGACUCUCCAUCUAGUUACAGCAUAUCUUGGAGUCCUUAUCGGUGGUGUCACAUUCACUGGCUCCAUUGUGGCCUUCCUCAAACUCGCCGGCCGCAUGUCCUCCAGGCCGACAAUUCUCCCCGGGCGCCAUUUGGUGAACUCAACCUUGCUAGGAGGCAAUAUAGCUACUAUGGGCGCAUUUAUCACCAUGGCGCCCGCUAACCCUGUUAUUGCUGCUACAUGCCUGGGAGCCAAUACCGCGCUCAGUUUCUUAAAAGGCUACACCACGACUGCCGCUAUUGGUGGCGCAGAUAUGCCGGUUGUUAUUACCGUGCUUAACGCGUAUUCCGGUUUCGCAUUAGUUGCAGAAGGGUUUAUGCUCAACAAUCCGCUCCUCACGAGCGUGGGUUCUUUAAUUGGAGUCAGCGGUUCAAUUCUGUCGUACAUAAUGUGUGUCGCAAUGAACCGAUCUUUGCCGAACGUGCUGUUUGGUGGAAUAUCGAACCCUCAACAAUCCCAGAAGAAGAUCGAGGGCGAGGUUACGCAAAUCAAUGUUGAAGAAACGGUAGACUCUCUGGCCAACGCGGAGAGUGUCAUCAUCAUUGUUGGCUACGGCAUGGCCGUAGCAAAGGCACAGUACGCCCUAGCCGAGAUCACGCACAUGCUGCGUGCCAAGGGCGUCAAAGUCCGCUUCGCCAUUCAUCCCGUUGCCGGGCGUAUGCCAGGGCAGUGUAACGUCCUGCUUGCAGAGGCGUCCGUGCCUUACGACAUUGUACUGGAAAUGGAUGAAAUCAACGACGACUUUACGGACACGGACGUGACCCUCGUGAUCGGCGCCAACGACACAGUUAACCCUAUCGCCCUGGAACCCGACUCCGCAAUCUCAGGCAUGCCCGUGCUGCAGGCGUGGAAGAGCAAGGAGGUUAUCGUGAUGAAGCGUGGCAUGUCCAGUGGAUACGCUGAUGUCCCCAACCCGAUGUUCUACAAACCCAACACCAGGAUGCUAUUCGGAGACGCAAAGACCUCGUGUGAUGCCAUCAAAGCCAGUAUCGAGGCCCGUAAGUAG